GCACAAUAAGCACAAUAAGAAAACUAAACGCCAAACGGAGACGUCCAGAUUAUUCUCACCCAGUCUCACUCAGUCUAAGCAACAUCGCAUCCCAUAACAAUACAUAAGACGUUCUACCCCCUCCCUUCACCAUCUACCAUCAUGUUGUUCAAGUCUCUCAUCGCCGCCCUGGCCAUCGCCACCCCUCUGGUCACCGCCACCGGCAACGCCACCGUCAUCAAUGAAUGCGACUUCGAAGUCACCCUAUGGUCCGUCGGCAGCCAGAUCAACGGCCCCCACCAACUCGAGGCCGAAGGCGGCAGCUACAGCGAGAAGUUCGUCGUGGAUGCCCUCACCGGCGGCAAGGCUCUCAAGGUGACCCGCAACCGCGACGGCCUCUACACCGGCGAGCCCCAGACCAUCUACGCCUACAGCCUCGACGGCGACAACGUCUGGUACGACCUCUCCAACGUCUUUGGGGACGCCUUCGCCGGGAACAAGCUCGUCGUGCAGAGCGCGAACGAGGACUGCGGCGCUAUUGUCUGGGAAGAUGGCACUGCGCCUGCUGGGAGCCAGGUCAAGGUCUGCACGGCGUCUGAGGAUGUCACGUUUACCCUCUGCGCCUAAAGACGGACCUUGGGACCUUUGGACAGGUUUUGGCUUGGCUUGGUUAGUUGGGCCUUGAGAGAUCUUGAAGGGUUAAAGCUUUUAGAGUGCUGUGUGGGUUGCCACUGGCUUGCAAGGCUGUUAGGAUAUCCCGACUCCCCGAGUCUGGUCUUUUUGUGGGUAGUGUUAAUGAAGAACCUAUUUUCUCCUAGAGACAUGAUGAGAGCAUGUUAGACGUCAGAACGUAAGCAGGAGGUGCCC